CGACCUAGGAAAAAUGGCAUAGAUAGAGAUUGGCGGCUAAAGGUGAUGGAAGGUAUACACAACCAUGAACCAGCUAGGUCACUACUUGGGCACAAUUUUGUUGGUCGUCUAAAACCCGGAGAGAAGGAGCAAGUGGGAAAAAUGACAAGGAGUUGGGUUCCACUGAGAAAGAUGUUGUUGACUUUGAAGGAAAACAAUCCUUCAAACUUGACUACCAUAUCUCAGAUUUAUGGUGUUUGCAAGAGGUUAAGAAAAUCCCUCCGCGGGGGAUUGACAGAAAUGCAACACUUGUUGAAGAAGUUGGACGGUGACAAGUAUGUCCACUUUGAAAGACAUGAGCCUGGAUCGGAAGUCAUUAGGGAUGUAUUUUGGGCUCAUCCAAAUGCUAUCAAACUGUUCAACACAUUUCCAUAUGUAGUGAUUAUGGAUUGCACAUACAAGACAAACAAAUAUGCAAUUCCCUUGCUUGAGAUUGUUGGACUGACUUCCACAGAUAAGACAUACUCCAUAGCCUUUUGCUACAUUGUUAAUGAGGGCACAGAUGACUACGUUUGGGCACUGGAGUGUAUGAAGUCUCUAUUAGCUGAUCAAGCCAUGUUGCCUAAGGUGAUUGUUACUGACAGGGAUCUUGCCUUAUUGAGUGCUGCUAAGCAAAGCCUUCCUAACACUACACAUUUAUUAUGCUUGUGGCACAUCAACAAGUGUGUUUUGGCAAAGUGCAAACUCUAUGUUGGCACAGAUGAUUUUGCUGAGUUGGUUAUGAUGAAGUGGGCAGAGGUGGUGGAUGCUGCAACAGUUGAAGAAUUUGAAGUGAAAUGGAUGCAAUUGUUUAAUAUGUGCAAGGCAAAAUACAGCAACUUUACCUCCUAUUGUUCUACUACAUGGUUGGUUCACAAGGAGAAAUUCGCCAAGGCAUGGACAAAUCAUGUGAUGCACUUUGGAACAACAACAAGUAACAGGGCUGAGGGUGCACAUGCCAGUUUGAAGAAGAUGUUACGGGAUUGCAAGGGUGACCUGGCCACUUCAUGGGAUGCGUCGCAUAGUUUGACAUGUAAUCGACAUACUGAAAUAUUAGCAUCGUUUGAGCGCAGUAUUCACAGAAUUGAUCACAUUUUCAUGUUCCCAUUUUACACAAAUAUUAGAGGAUUUGUGUCAAACAAAUGCCUGCAGCUCAUCGACGAUGAACAUAUAAGAAUGAAGUCCUACGGCGGAUGCGAUUGCUUGUUGAGAGAGACUCAUGGACUACCUUGCGGUUGUGAACUUGCAGGUUAUGAAAGAAUUCCAUAUGAGUCAAUUCAUCCAUUCUGGAAGAGACUGAGUUGGGAGCAUGUACCUGAACCUGUUGCAGAUACUACCAGCAACCAUAUUUGCGGCAUGAACCAUGGAGAUAUGAAACCAGAAGUUGAGGCAUUGACACAUUAUUUCAGUUCUUUGGAUACUGGAGGGCAGAGUAUGGUAAGGAGGAAGCUUCAAGCGAUCUAUUGUCCUGAAAGCAGUUCACUUUGUACUCCUGCGGUUAAGAUAAGGUCCAAGCGCACUCUUAAGGCGAAUGAGAAAAUACCACCUAAGAAUAAAGCAAUAGGAUCCUUGACUCGUGAUCUUUCAGGUUUUGAACAUGUUGAUAGGGAGAUCAGAGAGGCAAAGAAGGUUUCACAACCACCAAAGAAGAAGAAGCGUGUGAAGAAGUCUGAUACAAGCUAUUUCAUGGGUCAUUUUCCAGCCUUUUUCCACCCAUAUAUACAAACAGUUCAGAAUGUUGAGGAUGAUGGUAACUGUGGCUAUAGAGCCGUUGCUGCAUUACUCGGACUACCAUCAGGUGAGGAAAGUUGGUCAUGGGUUAGGGCAGCGUUGAUAGAAGAACUUGAACGACACAGAGGGUUGUAUGAUGAAAUGUGGUCCAGACAUGUGGUUAAUGCCUUACAUUCCCGACUCACUCUUCCUCCUGGUGAUCCGGCUACCGAGGAUAAAUGGAUGCAACUGCUAGAGAUGGGAUACCUUGUAGCAACCAGGUUCCAAGUGGUUUUCAUAUCCAUCUCCUCUACGGGUUGUUGGUCAUACCUUCCACUAAGAGGAGAAGGUCCACCGGAUGUACAUCCUGUUAUAGCUGUUGGUCAUGUGAUUAAUCACUUUGUACAGCUCCAUCUAACUCCUGGACAUUCUAUGCCGCCAAUUGCUCUCCAGUGGGAACGGUAUGUUGAUCCUACAUCAGUAAGCUGGUGCGCCCCAUAUGGUACACGUUUAGGAAGAUUCACAUCAGAAUACGAAGCUUGGCUUGUUACUUUUGGUGUUCCUCUUAUUCACCAAAGCUAUGUAGACAUCACCUCAGAUUGACACCACACUUUUGUGUGAUAUUCAUUUGUAAACGCUCUGUAAUAUUAAUCUGAUGGGCCUUGCCUUUAUGAUGUUCAUUUGUUGCUUUUAAUAAUAUUAAUUUGAUGGUCAUUGUUAUAUUGAUGGGCCUUAUUAUUUUGAAUCAGCAUCAGGGAUAAUUAACAUAGACAACCACUCUGUCAUCAGAGUCCUGUCAUUUUCAUCCACCCCAUCAUCAGAGUCCUGUCAUU